UCAAACUAGAAACCACCUAACAGAAAGCAGGCAGUAUGACUUUGUAAGGAGAUACAUCUGGCUUUGACUUGGAUUGAUUAAGCUUGUGUUGUGUGAAGUUUGGGACCAUGCAGCACACUUGGAGCCUGCUGGCCUGGCUGUGUGCCCUCGUGCCUGGGCUGAUGGGGGUGUCGUGGGGGGCAGACUUCAGGCAUCACCGCUACGAGGACAUGGUGCGCGCCUUGUUCGCCGUCCAGAGCGAGUGCCCCUACAUCACACGCAUCUAUAGCAUCGGGCGCAGUGUGGAGGGGCGGCAUCUCUAUGUGCUGGAGUUCACUGACAACCCAGGCGUCCAUGAAGCAUUGGAGCCAGAGUUCAAGUACGUCGGCAACAUGCACGGUAACGAGGUCCUAGGCCGUGAGCUCCUCAUUAAACUCGCUCAGUUCCUGUGUGAGGAGUAUCGUGCAGGAAACCAGAGGAUCACCCAACUGAUCUACGACACACGCAUUCACAUCAUGCCCUCCAUGAACCCAGAUGGAUACGAGGUGGCAGCCAGACAGGGUCCAGAGCUGAAUGGCUAUCUGGUGGGUCGAGGGAACGCCAAGGAAAUUGACCUGAACCGUAACUUUCCUGAUCUGAACGCUCUCAUGUACUACUACGAAAAAACCAGUGGACGAAACCACCACCUGCCUCUGCCAGACAACUGGGAACAACAGGUUGAACCAGAGACGUUAGCGGUCAUAAAAUGGAUGCAAAACUACAACUUUGUCCUGUCAGCAAACUUACAUGGAGGAGCGGUGGUGGCCAACUAUCCGUUUGACAAGUCCCGAGACCCCCGUAUUCGAGGAAGGACCACAUAUGCUGCCACUGCUGAUGACAAACUGUUCAGGAAGUUGGCCAGAACCUACUCGUAUGCACAUAGCUGGAUGCACAAAGGCUGGAACUGUGGAGACUACUUUGAUGAAGGGAUCACCAAUGGAGCCAGCUGGUACUCACUGUCCAAAGGGAUGCAGGACUUCAACUACCUGUACACCAACUGCUUUGAGAUCACUCUGGAGCUGAGCUGUGAUAAGUUCCCUCCAGCCUCAGCUCUGCCCAGAGAGUGGCUCGCCAACCGGGAGGCACUUAUCUCCUACCUCGAACAGGUGCAUCAUGGGAUAAAAGGCAUUGUCUAUGAUGAGAACAACAAUCCAGUGGGAAAAGCUGAGAUCUCUGUGGCCGGCAUCAACCACGAUGUGACCAGUGGAGUGGAUGGAGACUACUUCAGGCUUUUGUUGCCUGGUACCUACACAGUGACUGCCUCUGCUCCAGGAUAUCUCCCCUCAACCACCACAGUCACAGUUGGCCCCGCUGAAGCCAUUCUGCUGAACUUUUACUUGAAACCAGCACCAAAACAGAACCUGAAAGGAAAGCCCCACAAGAGGAACCUGUCAUCCCACAAGGCACCGCUCAAACUGGGCCCGAGAUGAGGCCCACCUAAAAACAGACACUGAAAUCCUCAUCACAUACUCUAGCCACAUAAGCUUGGAUGCAGAAGCAAUGGCAUUUUCAACAAAACAUGUAUUGUUUAAAUCUUUAUAAUCAAUGUAAUAAUUUGUUGCUCUGUGUUUUUGUGGUUCUAGUGAAUAACUGAACGUCUUUUGUAUUUAUGUAACAAAGUUGUUGAUUUUCUGUAUCCUGUAUUUGUAAAACAUGAUUACUGUUGAUUACUUUAUAAUGAUGAUAAAAUGUAGAAGGAAUAGAAAUAAAAGAAUGUUUUUACUCUUUUA